UCCACUCCCCCUCAGCAUCCCAAUAAUGAAAUAACUCCGAAGGCAGACUUGAGACACCAACUCCAACUAAUUGACUUCUGGUGCACUUCACCGGGGGGCAGGCAGGAAUGUGACUGUACUCUUGCACCAUUUCUUCUCUCUUCCUCAGCCUCUUCCUGGAGGGCUGGUGCCCCAAGGAUCCCACUUGUCUGUUCCGCAAACUCCUGCAACCUCAGCUGGCUUUACCGUAAAAAUGCAUCUAUAUUUCCUAUCCCAGGACCUUCUCUUCCAGGCACCGUGUUCAGAGGUUGUCUGCUACGAAGCUAUAGGGUUGGAUGCUCUGUCUAGAUUUGCCUUGGUUGCUCGCUCUCUCUCUUUCUCUCAUACAUACACACACCCUCCCACUCCAUCCAUCACACCCCCAAAGCAAAGGCAGCCUCUGUCCUUUUCUCCUCCCUCCUGCCAGCAUUAGCCCUGUGUUAAGGUUCUGGUGUUGACCGUGGAGCUCUCAAAGGGCCAUUUAUCUCAGAGCAGCCAAUCCAGGUCCUGCACUCAAACAGCCCAAUGAGAGGUGGGAGACCCAAGAUCCCAGCCUAUCAGAGGACUGGUAUUCUAAUAAGCCCAGUCUUUUAUCAAAGGCAAGGGAGCUUCUCUUGAAGUUAAGUGUGGUGGCCAGUCAGUCAGUCUUGGUUUUGGAAUUCCUAGGAACCUCAUGGACUUGGGCUACUGUUGCCUCGGCCAGCAGUGCAGCUCCGGGGUCCCGCCUGACUUGGUCCUAGUGGAAGGGCGUCCCCAAAAGAGCGUCCGGUGGACAUUCCUGGGGUCUCGGGAUGGCAUUGCCAAUGUGCCGGGUACCUUGGGAAGCCUAGAAGCCGCACUCCUCUGUAGGUGCCUUUGCCAGCAAGCAGUUGAGCUAUGGACUCCAAUCUGCAGGGGACAUUUCUCCUCAACAACCCUUCUCUGCCCCCAUUCCCAGAAGUGAAAGCCCCCAUGUGCCAGUAUUCGGUGCAAAAUUCCUUUUACAAGCUCAGUCCUCCUGGGCUCAGUGCCCAGUUGGCAUCUGGCACACCGCAUGGCAUCAGUGACAUCCUCAGCAGACCAGUGGCUCCUCCAAACAACGGCCUCCUGUCCAGCUACACCCAUGUGGGGGGAUUCAAUGGACUGGGCACCCAGAGCAUUUACUAUGGCCCCCAGAUGGGCAGUUUUGCCAAGACGGGAAGCGAAUAUGGAGCCAGGGGCAGGAGCUGCUGGGUAGACCCGGGCCCGGAGUGGCAUGAAGGUCGAGUAUGUGGCAAUUCCACAGGGCACGUAGGUGACGGCCUCCACAAGAAGAAACACACGCGGCCAACCUUCACAGGGCACCAGAUCUUUGCACUGGAGAAAACCUUUGAGCAGACCAAAUACUUGGCUGGGCCUGAGCGGGCACGACUGGCAUAUUCCCUGGGCAUGAGUGAAUCCCAGGUGAAGGUCUGGUUCCAGAACCGGCGCACCAAGUGGAGAAAGAAGAGUGCCCUGGAGCCCUCCUCCUCCUCCCCGCAAGCAGGAGCUGGACCCGGAGAGCGUGCCAUCUCGGACGAGGAUGACGAGUACAACAAGCCGUUGGACCCAGACUCCGAUGACGAGAAGAUCCGUCUCCUGCUGCGCAAACAUCGGGCCACCUUCUCUGUCCUGGGUCUCGGGUCCCACAGUGGCUGAGAGGAGGGGUGGGCUGGCUGGGGCCUGCAGCUUCCCAGGGCAGAGGCUGG